CGGGAAGAUAAGUGCAUCACUUUUUAACCACCAAUAACGAGAACAGGAGAGCCAGCCAUGGCUACUUUCCUCCCUACCUUCUCUACUCCAAACCCUCUCAGUUUCAGAUCCAAAUCACUACUUCUCCAUUACAACAAACGGUUCACCGUCAAAUGCAACGCAGCACCGCCUCCACCACUUCCUCCGGCGGUCCAGACAUUUUGGAAAUGGCUAAGUGACGAAAAGGUAGUAUCCUCCAACUCUCCAGCGAAGCCCGGAAUCGUCGCGGAAGGUCUAGGAUUGGUUGCUCAGAGAGACAUAGGUCGAAAUGAAGUCGUUCUGGAGGUCCCGAAGAAGUUUUGGAUUAAUCCAGAUACAGUUUCAGCUUCUGAAAUCGGUAGGGUGUGUGAUGGAUUAAAGCCAUGGAUUUCGGUUGCUCUGUUUCUGAUUAAGGAGAAGCUGAGAGAAGACGAUGACUAUUCUCCUUGGAGAAAUUACAUUAAUAUUCUUCCUGAGUAUACUGAUUCCACAAUCUUCUGGUCAGAAGAGGAGCUCAGUGAGAUUGAAGGAACCCAACUAUUGAGCACAACAUUGAGUGUCAAAGAAUAUGUGAAGAAUGAGUUUCUGCAAGUCCAAGAGCAAGUGAUUCUUCCAAACAAAAAACUUUUCCCUUCUCCAAUUACACUCGAUGAUUUCAUCUGGGCUUUUGGGAUACUCAGAUCGAGGGCAUUCUCACGACUUCGUGGUCAAAAUCUUGUCUUGAUUCCAAUAGCAGACUUGAUCAAUCAUAGCCCUAGUAUAACCAAAGAAGAUUAUGCAUAUGAGAUCAAAGGGGCUGGCCUAUUCUCCAGGGAUCAAAUAUUCUCUUUGAGAAGUCCUAUACCAGUCAAGGCUGGUCAACAGGUGUUGAUCCAAUAUGAUUUGAACAAAAGCAAUGCGGAAUUGGCACUAGACUAUGGAUUUAUAGAAUCGACAGUAGACAGAAAUACAUACACUUUAACACUACAGAUCUCGGAUUCAGACCCUUAUUUUGAUGAUAAGUUAGAUAUAGCUGAAACUAAUGGCACAAAAGCAGUUCAAUAUUUUGACAUCACUUUAGGAAGACCACUUCCACCAAAAAUGUUACCUUAUUUAAGGCUUGUAGCACUUGGUGGCACCGAUGCCUUCCUACUAGAAUCUAUUUUUAGAAACUCUGUGUGGGACCACCUUGAAUUACCCGUUAGCCGUGACAACGAGGAGGUCAUAUGCCAAGUUGUACGCACUGCUUGCCGCUCUGCUCUUUCUAGCUAUCGAACCACCAUUGAAGAGGAUGAGAAGUUGAAGGGAGGGGAUAUUAAUCGGAGGGUUGAGAUUGCAAUUGCGAUACGUGAGGGGGAGAAGAAGGUGUUGGGACAUAUAGAUGGGAUUUUUGAAGAGAGGGAAAAGGAGUUGGAUGAAUAUGAAUAUUAUCAAGAAAGGAGGCUUAGAGAUCUUGGUUUAGUUGGAGAACAAGGAGACAUAAUUUUUUGGGAGCCAAAAUGAGUUGUUUAGAUUGGAAUAUUAUUUAUAAAUUCAGAGGAAUGUAUAACUUUUAUUUCAUCGAUUUUGGGAAAUUUCUAUUAAUUAUACGGUUUUAUAAUAAUCGCAUUUGUAUAGAA